AUGUUUUGGAACACCUGCUUCACCCUAUUUUUCUCCCUCUCGGUCGCUGUAAGAGGCGUGGUGUCUCUCCCGCAGACCACCCCCGAGUCCAACGACGAGCGUGAAGUUGUCAACAGAAUUCUCUCUCUCCUUGGGACAAAGGAGAUACCAGAGGUGGUACCCAGCCCCAAUCUGCCGAGCCUGGAAUCCCUCAACAUAACCUCGCUCGACCUCUUUAAGCGCGCUCUUGCGCGUUUUGAUUCGGAACGAGCGGAAGCCGCCACCCAAGCUGAAAGCAACCCGGACCUGACGAGGCGAUACACUCCAACGUGCGAUGGUAAUGGACUUAACCCCUACUACGCCUAUGUUUGCUAUUAUUACCUCUGGGAUCUGGAUUCCACGCCCUGUGUGGUUCCUCCCUUUGGCUCGAGAUUCUGUCAUACAACUCAUGGCUCCGGGGAUGUGGCAUGGUGGGGUAGCACGAAUGGUAUUGGCUGGGAUACUACACAGUCGACAUGCCGGGAAGUCGCAGCGGGAGGUGCAUGGGUCCUCCAGAACUGCCAAUUCCCCUCGUGGCCGGGAUUGACCUAUUUCACUGGAGGUACCAAUGCUGCGUGGGGAAACGAGAAUCUCAUUGUUCGCAUUGGGAGCUAUAACUAG